CAUGUGUCUUCAGGAGAACGCUACACAUCGGUGACCGCAGGGCUCGCCUGAGGCGUCAGACAUGGGAUUAUCACAGACCACACUGUGGCUGAGGAGAGGUGAAGGAAAAGAGUGAAGGGUGUAUCUGCUUUUUCUGAUGUGGAAGCAAUUUAAGCAAACACCAGGGACUUUGUUAAAAUUGCUAUCAGUGUUCUUAAAUAUUUGAAUAUCUGGAGACGGCGAGCGCGAUCCCAGAUCCAAGACAUCGGCGGCGGGUGAGCGAACUCCUUGCGGGCCCCUCGGAGGUCUUUUCCUGCCGGGAUCGUGUUGGAUGUGUGACUGAGACCUGCAGGCAGAGGAACAGUGCUUCCCAUGGAUCCAAACAUCCAGGGCUCUUUUCUGUUUAACAACAGCCUGAACCAAUUCCCCUCGGAUCUCAAGGCCCCGGUGUGUCAGUACUCGGUGCCCAACUCUUUCUACAAGCUCAACCCGGCCCUGAACAGCCAGCUGCAGGCGGGGACGCCUCACGGCAUCAGCGACAUCCUGAGCCGCUCCAUGUUGGGGAUGGGCUCCACGGGCACCACCACCCUGCUGUCCGGAUACGCCACCAUGGGGGGGUUCAGCCCCUCCGUCACCAGCACGUCCAUGUACUAUAACCGGGACUACAACCCCGCCCUGGGCGGCUUCUCCAAGCCUGGCGCCGAGUGCCCCAUGAAGGGUCGCAGCAUGAACUGCUGGGCGGAGAGCGGCUGUGACUGGAGAGGAGGGAGGCAGCAGUGCACCAACAGUGAGUGUAGCGGUCCUCUGGGGGAGAUGACAGGCAGGAAGAAACACACCAGACCAACAUUUAGUGGACAUCAGAUAUUCGCUCUGGAGAAAACAUUCGAGCAGACAAAGUACUUGGCCGGGCCGGAGAGAGCGAGACUGGCUUACUCUCUGGGCAUGACUGAAUCUCAAGUCAAGGUGUGGUUUCAGAACCGACGCACCAAGUGGAGGAAGAAGAGCGCCUCGGAGCCGAGCUCCACGCAGGCGGGGCAGGGCGGCGAGGCCUCGGAGAACGAGGUGGAGGACGAGGAGUACAACAAGCCUCUGGACCCCGACUCGGACGACGAUAAGAUCCGACUGCUGCUGCGCAAACACCACCGGGCCUUCUCCGUGCUGCGCCUCGGGCCGCACGUCUGACACGCUGCCCCGGAAUGUCACCCGACGCGCGCGCGCGCUUCUCCGCAGACCUGCAUGGCGCGAUGAAAGUCAUCCGUUUGUAAUACGCAGUGGAAUCACUCAAGCAUGUUCAGGAGAGGCCAUUUGUAUUCAUAUCAUCACAUGUAGACACACAGGCUGUAAACAUGAAGCGACAGAGACGUUUACUUUUGUAUGUUACUGUAUCUCUGGCCUGUUCAAUGUUACACUGGUGUGUGUGUGCGUGUGUGUGUGUGUGUGUGUGUGUGUGUGUGUGUGUGUGUGUGUGUGUG